AUGGCCGCCAUCACCGAUGCAUCCAACACCAAGCAGGUUGCCGAGCUGAACACCAAGCUCCAGCAAUUCGCUUAUGUUGAAGGGUAAUUUUUUGCAAUUUUGCUGUUUUUUUUGGUUUUAGAUCAGGAUUUUUGCGGCGGAUCAACUGAAGAAUUUGCUGAGAAAGGUUAAUGGUCAAUUUCUUUCAGAUAUGAGCCAUCUGCCGCUGAUGCCGCCACUUUUGCCGUCUUCAAGAAGGCCCCAACUCAGCCCAUAGCUGUUGCUCGUUGGUACAGAAACAUCGCUUCUUUCACUGAAGCCGAGCGCAAGGCGUAAGUUCUUCAUAUAAAUUCAAUUGUUUUAUGUUUGUAUUUAUACUAAAUUUGCGAGGCUAUCAAAAGAUAAUGAAUUUGUGCAUUACCACAUGGAGAAUAUUUUUUUGGCCUAAUUUAGUUUACUUUUUUUGAAUGAAUGUUAUAAAUCUACGAUUUAGUGGGUUGCAUGAACUAUCUUCUUGCUAAUUAAGUUGUUCAAAUGACGUUUGUAUUAUUUUAGCUGGUCCUCCGGAGCCGGAACUUCCGCCGAAGCUGCCCCAGCCGCCAAGGACGACGACUUCGAUCUCUUUGGCUCCGACGAAGAGGAGGAUGACGCCGAGAAGGAGAGAAUCAAGCAAGAGCGUCUGAAGGCCUACGCCGAGAAGAAGUCCAAGAAGCCCGGACCGAUCGCCAAGUCCAACAUUAUCUACGACAUCAAGCCUUGGGAUGACACCAUUGAUCUCGACAGUUUGGUCAAGAAGAUCAAGUCCGAAGUGACCAUGGAUGGUCUGGUCUGGGGAGCUCACAAGAUCCUCCCUAUCGCCUACGGAGUCAACAAGAUCCAGCUCAUGUGUGUUGUUGAAGACGAGAAGGUGUCUUCCGAUGAUCUUGAGGAGAGAAUCACCGGAUAUGAAGACGAGGUUCAGUCCGUUGACGUUGUUGCCUUCAACAAGGUCUAA